CGAGCUGUCCCGCCCGUCCAACGCCUCACGCUGCGGCACACUAGCCGUUGCCCUCCUUCGCUUUUUCUCCUUUCAAAUUCGCUCCCUUCCCUUUCCCUUCCCUCUCACGCUGCCUCGCCGCAUCUAGCUAGGCUGAUAUCCCUGCUCCAAAGAACAAACCAAAAACAAAAUAAAACCCGCUCUAAAUCUUUCCAGUACUCCCUCUCUAUCUCUCUCAUCCUUCGAAUCCCAAGGAGGAGGCCAGAGAGGAGAGAGUGUGUGGGACACUGGGACUAGACUAGAGAGACGUUGCCGUUGCUGGUUGUUGUUAUUAACGCCGCCCCCUGCAUUCCUAUGCUCCUCGUUCUCCCGGGGCUCCUCCGUCCGUAAGGCACCGCCGCCGCGUCUCGGCUGGACCGACAGGCCGGCCGAUCCGUCUCCUCCUCCUCCUCCUCCUGCGGGUCGGCUUCGGGGACGAUGGCGGCGAGGGCGGCUGAUGAGAACAGAAGGCCGGGGGUGGGGAGGCCCGCGCCAUGCGUCCGAGACAUGGGGAGCCGGCGCGCGCUCACGGACAUCAAGAACCUCGUCGGGGUUGCCCCGAACCCCUGCGCCGUCGCCAAGAAGCCCGUGCUGCAGAAGAGCAGAAGGGACGAAAAGAAGACAGCGUUGCCAAGCAGCCGGCCGAUGACAAGGAAAUUCGUCGCCUCCUUGGCGAGCAAAGGGCAACCUGAAUGUCAGCCGACCGGAGCUGAUCCAGAACCCGGAGUUGAUCAACGGAAGGAACCAAUCGGCGAUGGCAUCAUUGAUAUCGACGUGGAACUGGACGAGCCGGUCGACGAUAGUGAUUGUGACGUCGACAUGGGUGAUGAGACAGAGAACAAGGACAUUAUGAACCAAGAUGAAUCGCUCAUGGAUAUUGAUAGUGCAGACUCGGGGAACCCGCUUGCAGCAACAGAAUAUGUUGAAGAGCUUUACAAGUUUUACAGAGAAAAUGAGGCUAAGAGUUGUGUAAACCCUGAUUACAUGUCCAGUCAGCAAGAUAUAAAUGCAAAGAUGAGAGCAAUUCUGAUUGACUGGCUGAUUGAGGUUCACUACAAGUUUGAACUGAUGGACGAGACGCUAUUUCUUACGGUAAACGUAAUAGAUAGAUUCUUGGAAAAGGAAGUGGUUCCAAGGAAGAAGCUACAACUGGUUGGAAUCACAGCUCUGCUUCUUGCUUGCAAAUAUGAGGAGGUCUCAGUUCCAGUUGUUGAGGACCUUGUGCUCAUUUCUGACCGUGCCUACACAAAAGGGCAAAUUCUAGAAAUGGAAAAGUUGAUUCUGAACACGCUGCAAUUCAACAUGUCUGUUCCAACACCUUAUGUCUUCAUGAAGAGGUUUCUGAAAGCAGCAGACGCAGAUAAACAGCUUGAGCUAGUGUCAUUUUUCAUGCUGGAGCUCUGCUUGGUAGAGUACCAAAUGCUGAAUUAUAGGCCUUCACAUCUGGCUGCCGCUGCGGUUUAUACUGCACAAUGUGCUAUUAACCGUUGCCAGCAGUGGACAAAGGUUUGCGAGUCACAUAGCAGAUACACUGGCGACCAACUCCUGGAGUGCUCGAGGAUGAUGGUAGACUUUCACCAGAAGGCUGGAACCGGCAAGCUCACUGGCGUGCACAGGAAGUACAGUACCUACAAGUUCGGGUGCGCGGCCAAGAUUUUGCCCGCGCAGUUCAUGCUGGAGUUAGGAGGGACAGCACCGCCUCCUUCAGGUGCAAUCUAAUUGAAUCGCCCUGUUUUAACUGGGUGGGGUUUUUUUAAAAAGAUUUUAGCAUACUCUCCGUGAACAAGAUGCAGAAAACAUCGUGUUGAUGUUGCCCAAAAGUGCAUCGAAUUUUCUUGGAGAAUUAUGAUUAACUGUUUUUUUUUUCUAUCCGUGUCCUGAAUGACGAGUGACGGACUGUUUUGUUAUACUGCGGCUAAUAACGAACUGUCCUGUUCAUGAAUGUUGUUGGAACCUUGUAAAGAAAAACAAGUCCUGAAUCAAAUGGUCAAAUGGAUCCUUUGUCCAAAAUGUUCUCUC